AUGUCCGCCGGGGACCAGCAGCAGCAGCAGCCAGGCCUGCCUCGAUCCACCUCCAACCCUUUCACAAAGAACCAGGAUGCACCUGGCUACUACGACGACGAUAGCCAAGUGUCGGUCGACGAGCGCGACCAGCUCCGCUCCCUCGCCCGUCACAUGCGCAAGCUCAGCAUGAGCAACAGCGCCGUCUCCAACUCGAGCGAUACCUUCGACCUCCCCGCCUUCCGUGACGCCGCCAAUGCCAACGCCAAUGCCGCUACCGCAGCCGCAAGUGGCAGCAACGGUGCGCUCACUCCCAGAGCCGACCCCAACCCACGCCCCGUCGCCCUCGAACCCGUCGGAGGCGCACGAUUCACCCCGCACCGCGGAGAUCUCCCUGAUGCGGACAAGGCCUACGGAGAGGACCAGGACUCGGCUACGCUCUUAUCCGGAAGCCUCGGAAAGUCCUCCAACCUUGCCAACCUCCCAGAGCAUGGCAUCGACGAAGACAAGCAGCGCGUCUUACAGCGCGCACGCGGCGUGGUGCGCACCUACAGCAUGGGUCAGCAGAAGCGCCGCCCUCAAAAGAUGAACGACGACCCUGUCAUCCUCUCGCGUCGAAUGAGCCACGACGCCGUCCAGGAAGCACCGCGCCGCUUCAUCGUCGACGUUGAAGAGACCAUGCGCCUCGUGCUCGAGCAGGAGGACACCGACGGCAACUUCCAGAUCUGCAUCACCGACAGCGGGCCCAAGGUGCUCACCCUCGGCACCGCCACCAGCAACGGCUACAAGGGCUUCGACAUUCGCGGCACCUACAUGCUCUCCAACCUCCUCCAGGAACUCGCCCUCGCCCGCGAGCACGGCCGCAAGCGCAUCGUCCUCGACGAGUCGCGCCUCACCGAAAACCCCGUCGACCGCCUCUCGCGCAUGAUCAGCCAGACCUUCUGGCACAACCUCACGCGCCGCAUCGACGGCGACGGCCUCGACGCCAUCCUCUCCGACCCCAAGAACCGCAGCAAGUCCCAGAACCCGCGAAUCUACGUCCCCGCCUCCGAGACCGAGAUGCUCCGCUACUACCAAAAGGUCGCCGAGGAACGCCCUUCGCUCAACCUCACGGUAGAGGCGCUCCCGCACAGCAUCACCGCCGAAUACACGCGCGACCUCAACGACAAGCCAGGCCUGCUCGCACUCGCCAUGCGCGACGACAUCGACCCCACCACCGGCGAGAAGCGCGGCCUCAAGGGCAUCCCCUUUGUCGUACCCGGCGCCCGAUUCAACGAGCUCUACAACUGGGACAGCUACUUUAUCUCGCUCGGCCUCGUCGUGGACAACAUGGUGGACCUCGCCAAGGGCACCGUGGAUCACUUUAUCUUUGAGAUCAAGCACUACGGCAAGAUCCUCAACGGCAACCGCACCUACUACCUCAUGCGUGCCCAGCCGCCUUUCCUCACCGACAUGGCGCUCCAGGUCUAUUCGCGCCUCGACCCGGCCAACGAGGCGGACAACAAGGAAUGGCUGCGCAAGGCCAUCCAGGCCGCCAUCAAGGAGUACCACACCGUCUGGAUGAGCAAGCCGCGCUUCGACCACAAGACCUGGCUCAGCCGCUACCGCCCCGAGGGCCUCGGCGUGCCGCCCGAGACCGAGGCGUCGCACUUCACCCACAUCCUCCGCCCCUACGCCGAGAAGCACGGCGUGAGCGUCAACGAGUUCACGCGCAAGUACAAUCACGGCGAGAUCAAGGAGCCCGAGCUGGACACCUACUUUAUGCACGACCGCGCCGUGCGCGAGUCGGGCCACGACACCACCUACCGCUUCGAGCGCAAGUGUGCCGACCUGGCCACCAUCGACCUCAACGCGCUGCUGUACAAGUACGAGGUGGACAUUGCCACCGCCAUCCGCGAGGUGUUUGACGACCGCCUCGAGCUCGAGGACGACUUCCUGCUGCACGGUCCGCUGCCACCUUCGCUGCUCAACGGCGGCUCCGGACCGGCGCAGCCGUCGCGUUCCAUCGAGACGCCCCAGACGAGCGCCGAGUGGUUUGCGCGUGCAGCGCACCGCAAGGCGCAGGUGGACAAGUACCUCUGGAACGACGGCAUGGGCCUCUACUUUGACUACGACACGAGGCUGGAGGAGCCCAUCGUAUACGAGAGCGUCACCUCCUUCUGGGCCAUGUGGGCGGGCAUGGCGAGCGAGGACCAGGCGGCCAAGCUGGUGCAAAAGUCGCUCAAGCGCUUCGAGGAGCAGGGCGGCCUCGUCUCCGGCACCGAAGACUCGCGCGGCAAGAUCAGCCUCGACCGUCCCAACCGACAGUGGGACUGGCCGUACGCCUGGCCGCCCCACAACGUGCUCGCCUGGGUGGGUCUGGAGCGAUACGGCUACCUCGAGGAGGCCAGGCGCCUCGCCUACCGUUGGCUCUACAUGAUGACCGUCGCCUUUGUCGACUUCAACGGCACCGUACCCGAAAAGUUCGACGCGGUCAACCUCUCGCACAUGGUCGAUGCCGAGUACGGCAACCAGGGCAUCGACUUCAAGUGCGUGCCCCGCGAGGGCUUCGGCUGGAUGAACUCGAGCUUCCAGGUGGGACUCACCUUCCUCACCACCCACCAGCGACGCGCCGUCGCCGCCCUCCAGCACCCGGACGAGUUCUUCAACCGUAAGGUGACUUUCGGAUGGACCGCUCGACCCUCGUAUAAAGAGCCCGCGCACAGAAGCCCGAGCAUCCGCUCCUCUGCAUCCACGACUGUAGCUUCCAAUCGCGUGCCGCAGUUGCCCACCAUUCUCGCCGCCGCUUCGCCACUGAGGACCGCCGUUUUCAAGGCGCCAUCUUCGUCCCGCUUCUUCGCAUCCGUCGCUGCCUGUUCGCUGCGUCCGUCGCCUCGCGCCUCCAUCCAGUCGAGCAACCGCACAUCCCGACUUGAACCCCACAUCCGCCCGUUCAGCACAUCUAUCAGCAUGUCGGACGACAACGCACACAAGGACGGCUUUUCCAAGUGGUCCAACAAGGACGGCCACUUUCGUCGCCAGGAGUCGAGCUUCCGUUCGAGCAUCGAGAAAGACGGCAAGCACCAGCCCGAGGUGGGACGCUACCACCUCGUUGUCGCACUCGCAUGCCCCUGGGCGCACCGCGCGCUGAUCGUCCGCAAGCUCAAGGGUAUCGACCAGGUGCCCGACCUGCUGCCCGUGCAUGUCGUCGACUCGCUCCUCGGCGACGAGGGCUGGAGCUUCGUCCCCUACGACGAGCCCAAGGGGCUCGGUGUGCCCGGUACGGGAAACCACAUCCCCGGUCAUGAGGACAAGAAGCGCAUCCGCGAGCUCUACAAGGUCGCCGAUCCCGAGUACUCGCAGCGCUGCACCGUGCCCGUCAUCUGGGACGCCAAGCUCAACACGAUUGUCAACAACGAGUCGUCCGAGGUGAUCCGCAACCUCAACUACGCCUUUGACGAGCUCAUCCCACAGGAGUUCCGCGGCAAGACGUUCUACCCCGAGGCAUCGCGCAGCGAGAUCGAUGCCUUCCACGAGUGGGUGUAUCCCAACAUCAACAACGGUGUCUACAAGUGCGGCUUUGCCACCACGCAGGAGGCGUACGAGUCCAACGUCGGCCCGCUCUUUGACUCGCUCGACCGCGUCGAAAAGAUGCUCGCCGACGGCCGCACCUACCUCUACGCCGAUACGCUCACCGAGGCCGACAUCCGCCUCUACACCACCAUCGUCCGCUUCGACCCCGUCUACUUUACGCACUUCAAGUGCAACCUGCGCACCAUCCGCGACGGAUACCCGCACAUCAACAAGUGGAUGCAGAACCUCUACUGGAACAACCCGGCUUUCAAAGACACCACCGACUUUGACAGCAUCAAGGCUCACUACUUCCAGAGCCACAUCAACAUCAACCCCAACCGCAUCGUCCCCCAGGGUCCCCUCCCGCACAUCCUUCCUCUCAACUGA